GUCAUAAGAGAUGGUAGCAGCAACAUGGACAAACACCAUCAUUAAGUUUGUCGAUGACACAACAGUGGAAUAAGUACAAAAAUAAGUUACAAAUAAUGCAAAAAACGAACAAAAACUCAUUUGGUUAGGAGCACGUAAAACAUCAGCCAUCUUCUUCAGCACAUUCUCCGUCCGUUAGUACGUUUGUCACAUGAGAUAUCUUAGACAGCACUAUCCUGAUUUUGACUCAACUUAGGUGAAUGAUGUGUCUUGCCAUAGAGAUCCGGCAUUUACAAAAUUACACGGAUUGGCCAGAUGGUGGCGCUAUAACAAGCGAUUGAAAACUCUAACUUAUAAAUGUCAUGCCCCUCACCCCAUUUUACCUAAAGUCAUGAAAUGUGGUACAUUGGUCCUUCUCCUCACAAGGAACACAUUUGCUUCAGAGAUCCAUAAGGUCCGCCAUGAUGGAUUUUUUUGCCAUUUUGAAUUUUGUGAAAAACACUUAAAAUGCUACUCCUCUGGCACUGAAUGACUGAUCUGCACAAACCUUGAUAUGUGGCUUAGAUGGACAAAGGUCUCUCAAUGCAAUAUUUUCCAGACUACUACCUAAAACAACAUGAUCAUUAAGCAAUAAACAUUCACCGGGGCAUGGUCAUGGUCACAAUUUGGUACAUAUGUUGCAAACACUGUCAAGACUCAACAUAUGCAAGAACAUUCCAUCAACCACACGGUGGCGCUAUAACGGGCACAUGCUUUGUUACUUACAGUAUAGUCUAGUUUGAAUUGUUGUCACUAAUGUUUACUGUUUUUGCUUACAGUUGCCUUGUUAUUUUUAACUCUGCAUUGUUGGGAAAAGCUCGUAAGCAAGCAUUUCACUGCAAAGUCUACACACGCUGUAUUCGGCGCAUCUGACAAAUCAAAUGUGAUUUUGAUUCAAUUUUUCUCUCUCUUAACAUGAUGUGUACACAUGCGCACACAGGGAGAGUGAACUUGCGGUAGUCCAGGCGGGCUGUUUGAUGCAGGUCUGCCUAUUUUAAAACCUACCCUCGAGCCAGUAGGCAAUGGCACCUGCUCAGUUCCAGGUGAAUUUCAGUUAUCAAAACACAGUACUCCCUACCCCACUAAAACCCAUGCACACCACUAAUUCAUUCCAAGCUGACAGAAAUAUAGUAACAGUACAUGACUAUCAUUUAUGCAAAGAAAAUAAUUCAAGCUAUAAAGGAGUUAUCCCUCUUAGAUUCACAUGGUACUUUUAAGCCAUGUUCACAUUGGCAGUUUGAAGUGACUCAAAUCCAUUUUUUUUGCAAAUCCGAUUAGAAUCUGUUAUUUUUCCUGAAGUCUAUACAGCCCACCACCUUCAAAGGUGCUUUGAAGUCAGAUACAAAUCUGAUUCCUGGCCAGGUGAUUUGUGUCUGAAUGGUAAAAUCUGAUUUGCCCUCAAGUGGUUUAUUAACUUUUAUUUGGCAUAUACUGUUGCUUGCUAGCUACUCUGUUGAGAGUUUGACAAGACCAUAUGGUAGCUAAUUAUCUUGUUAAUUGCUUACAAACAAAUUAGUGAAUGUUAUAGGAAGCUAAACAGCUACCUAGCUAGCUAGUUGACUGACUUGGCUGGCCAAAAAUGACUCAUCUUAUCCUUUGGUGCUUUAAAAGUGUUCUUUGAGCAUUCACAGCAACUGGGAAACGUCUAUGGCAGGAAUUGUUGUCAUCUUAGCUUGCUACAAAUCUUCUGAGUGAUGGGAAGCACGAGCACCACCACCAAUUAGCCAACACCACUGUGCACACUCCUGUCAUUACUAUGACUAGCAUAGCCAUGUCAUCAAAUUACCAGUCCUAAUUUGGUCACUUGUAACGUGAUAUUUGGACAGUAAGUAUUUCAAAACGGAUUUGAUAAACAAAACUGAUUUGAGCAUUAAGGCCUGCAGUGUGAACAAUUCUUUAGAGAGGCGAGUGGUGUGGAUUUCAGGAGUUCUCAAAAUCCUUCAUUUUCUAAUUGGACCAAUUUUACACUUUGAUGAUAUGAUAUUUACAUAUCAACCAGUGAACAAACAGUGGCUCCAGGUUUUCCAGCAGCAGGUUUGGAGGUGUACACAGUGAGAAGUGGAUGUGCUGCCUUUUGUUUACAGUUUACAAGACUCUCUUCCUGGUACGCUGGCAUCACAGGAACCUGUUGACAGAGCCAAUUGGACAAAGGUGCAAUGCAAACAGGCCAGGGGAAAAUACCAGGUUGUUCCACAGUUUGAAAAGGGUUAAUGUGGCUGAGAUGGCAGAUAAAGCUUAUUGUGAACAACACCAGCCUCAGGUUAUACAGCCCCCCCCCCCCCCCCUCUCAAUAAAGAGCAGCAGAUGUAGACAAUUACUUCCCCCUGUGACGCAGAGUGAGCUCAGGUCAUGGAGUGUGUACAGUAUGUGUGCGUGCGUGCAUGUGUUUGUGAGGGGGCUGUGACUACCCUAUGAAAAAAGGGCAGCCACAAGAGGACUUAAAUAGAGCAACAGGAGGAUGAGAUGACCACUUGUAUCCGAUGUGGAUCUGCAGGAUGUAUCUGAAGGUAAGAGGUCUUGACUCAGGUCGAAUUGGACUUAAGGGAUCCUCAAUACUUUACUAUAGACCUAACUGAAAUUAAUGAAGGAUGAGGCUAAUAAAUUUUCGAAAUGUUAAUUAUAGUUUGUUCUGUAAUCAUUAAAGGUGCAAAUAAUAUGACUCAAAAUGAAUUGUAAUGUUAUCCAUUGGUUUGUUCCCACCAGUUACGCAUGGGCUAUAUGAUGUGUCAAUAUAGUCAUUUUACCUUUCUUUAACUAGGCAAGUCAGUUAAGAGCUAAUUCUAAUUUCCAAUGACAGCGUAGGAACAGUGGGUUAAUUGCCUGUUCAGGGGUAGAACAACCUUGUCAGCUCAAGGAUUUGAACUUGCAAUCUUUCGGUUAUUAGUCCAACACUCUAACCACUAGGCUACCCUGCCAUAAGAUGACUAAAGAUAAGAGUAAGCUAUUUAGAUUUCUCUGCAAACCUAAUUUGCAGAAAUGAAUCCAUAAUCACCUCUGUUACUGAAAGACAUCGUGAUUUUCAUAGAAGAUUGGUACUGUGUGUACUGAGCCCUUUGCACAUUUGUUCUUGACUAGAAUGUGCUAAAACAAGAUAUUAUGGAGCUGUGCGAUCAGACGUUCGUUUAACAUGAUGUUUAACCCGUCCUUAUUUACAGUAUAUGAGCACCACGGCAGGCAAGCAGGCUGCACUUUACCUUGAUCAGAACAGAACACAGCAGGCAAGGUUCGGAGAGGGCCCUGGAGGAAGUCUAAUCCUAUUGCUGAGAGAAAAAAAUAAAUCCUCGGAGCCAAAUGUCUCUCCAGAAAUACCAUGCCUGACCAUCCAGAAAGCAGCCACCAGUUCACUCCAUUAGCUACCACAUCUCAGCUUAUUAAAUUGAAACGGAUGGUGCAUGAGUGGUGGCUGCAGGGCAGGGAUAGGUAACAUUGGAGGUAGUACACACAGAGAGAUGAGACCCCUUCAGGAUCAUUUACGAUUACGGUUUUAUAUUUUCAGAUGAAAAGAGUAUACCUGGAGUAGGUUAUGUGUAGUUAGUUUAGGACUAACUCAAAUGUAGUGGUGUAACGAUAAUGUACAGACACGGUUGUGGGGACAUAUUCUUGUGACUAAAUUGGUAAACAAAUGUUGAUGUUGUCAAAUAUGUUUUAAUAAUCAGCAUAUCUGUUUCUCAUCCGAAAAAGAGAACUGUUCUGUAGCUAUUGUCCGUGGAGAGCUAUGCCACUGUUCAACCCCUUGGUGUGGGUGCGGGAGUGGCUGCGACAGAGCAGAGGCUCCUCCAGACUGGUGCUGGUGGUCGUGUGUGUUGCCCUGCUACUGGAUAACAUGCUGCUUACUGUUGUCGUGCCCAUCAUCCCAACGUUUUUAUAUGCCCUUGACCACCCGACACAAGACCCCUUCAUCCAGCCAAGCACACAGAGGCCAUCUGAGGAGGGCUUCACAUUGGCCUCAGUCCACUCCUUCUACGACAACACUUCCUACAGCCUCAGAGGCUCUGAGAGCAACCUGUCUGAGGCCCUCCUCUUCAACAUCUCCAGAAACUCCAGCCAGGUGAAAGGCAGCACAUGCCAGGAGGACAGUGCCUUCUUGGACAAGGAGAAUGUUCGUGUGGGACUCCUCUUUGCCUCCAAGGCUCUGGUGCAGCUUCUAGUCAACCCCUUCGUGGGUCCCCUGACCAACAGGGUUGGAUAUCACAUACCAAUGUUUGCUGGCUUCAUCAUCAUGUUUGUUUCAACAAUAAUGUUUGCCUUUUCAGGUACAUACGCCUUGUUGUUUUUUGCUCGCUCUCUUCAGGGAAUUGGUUCCUCUUUCUCCUCUGUGGCAGGGCUGGGAAUGUUGGCCAGUGUGUACACAAAUGAUGAGGAGAGAGGCGUAGCCAUGGGGAUCGCUCUGGGUGGAUUGGCCAUGGGAGUCCUCAUUGGAGCGCCAUUUGGCAGUGUGAUGUAUUCAUUUGUGGGGAAGACUGCUCCUUUCUUAAUCUUGGCUUUCCUUGCAGUAUUUGAUGGAGCGUUACAACUUCUUAUACUUCAGCCAUCAAAGAUUUCACCAGGAAGUGUGGAGGGCACUCCUUUGCUGACCCUUCUGAAGGACCCCUACGUUCUCAUAAGCGCAGGCUCUCUGUGCUUCGCCAACAUGGGAGUUGCCAUUCUGGAGCCCACACUUCCCAUCUGGAUGAUGCAGACCAUGUGCUCUCCCAAAUGGCAGCUUGGUAUGGCUUUCCUACCAGCAAGCAUUUCUUACCUUAUUGGCACCAAUUUAUUUGGUUUGUUGGCUAACAAAAUGGGAAGGUGGCUGUGCUCCAUGAUUGGGAUGUUUAUUGUUGGCAUCAGCCUCCUUUGCGUUCCUUUUGCAAAGAACAUCUAUGGUCUUAUUGGUCCAAAUGCAGGCCUGGGGUUUGCUAUUGGAAUGGUGGACUCCUCUAUGAUGGCCAUAAUGGGAUACCUGGUGGAUAUUCGCCAUGCCUCGGUCUAUGGCAGUGUUUACGCCAUAGCUGAUGUCGCAUUGUGCAUGGGUUUUGCCAUUGGUCCUUCGAUAGGGGGCUCCUUGGUCAGGGCCAUUGGAUUUCCUUACCUCAUGGUAUUCAUUGGCAUCAUCAACAUCUUCUAUGCUCCACUGUGCUUCUUCCUGCGUAAUCCUGCCAUCAGGGAGGAGAAGAUGGCCAUCAUAGACCAGGAAUGCCCUCUGCACAGGAAGAGCUACAACACACAGAAGGAGUGUCGAGAGUUCCCUUUGAGUGACGAGAGCGAGGAGGAAACGGAGGAGUAACAUGCUCCUUGUCAACCCAACACACACAUUUUUUUUUACAGUGAAAGAGCAGAGGCAUUGUUCAUAAUGCCUUUGAAUUGACAUGUUGUCUAGAAAAGGCAUUUUGUUAGCACUUAUCUGUAUUCAAAGUUUCCUAAUGACCUCUGACCUUAUUGCUGGAAAUAACAAACAAUGGCACCUGUGUUUUUAAUAUGGUAUGUAUAGGGACAGUAGUGUUUGCAUUUUAUUGUGUGUGUGUGUGUGUGUGUGUGUGUGUGUGUGUGUGUGUGUGUGUGUGUGUGCGUGCGUGCGUGCGUGCGUGCGUGCGUGCGUGCGUAACUCUGUCAGAGUUCUGUUAAUAAUUUUGCUUAAUGUACUAAUAGGUGAAAGGAACACUUGUGCAGGCUCAACAAACAUUAAAACCUACUAUAAGCUUGAAAAUGACAUCUUUACAUACAUUUGGCAUUUGAUUGUAGCUACGUUUAUGUUAAUUUGUUGCGCCUACCAUAUGAAUCAGUAGCUUUCAAUGUUUGAAAUAUGUUCAGUGUAUCCGGAUAACUAAUUGGUUUAGAUCUAGAAUAAUGCUUAUUCCUAGGCCUAUUCCUAAUUGCUGAAUAUAACCUAUCCACGAUCAUGAAAGCGGAUUAUUUCAUUCACAUCGCUCGACAAGAGAACAAUGCUUGUUCAGAGCGCAUAAAAGCUCAGAGCUUUUAGUUCAAAUGCUGUAACAUGUAAUAUCCUCUCUUCUAGUGUGUCUCCCUGCAUCAGCCAAUCGGCUGCUGUCUGGUAUAGUGCAAGAGCUAUCUCGCCUCACCUUUAAUUUCCUCUUUGGCUGUAGCAAGGCUCUGUCUCUGUCCCAAACGGCACCCUAUUCACUAUGUAGUGCACUACUUUGACCAGAACCCAUAGGGCUCUUGUCUAAAGUUGGGCACUAUAUAGGGAAUAGCCUAGGGUGCCAUUGGGACACAACCUCUGUGUUGGGUUGGUUUACUUCUAACCAAGGAGUGGAAAUUAUGAACACAAAGAGGCAAAGAUGAGAUAAAGAGAGCAAGACUGGCAUCAUUGUGGCUCAAAUGCCUCAAAUCUUCUUGGCCCACAUAAAUAACAUAUUGCCACUACAAGCGCAUGUGAUGCGAAGCAAAUUGUCAAAGCCAAAGUAUAUAUUUGAUUGCACGUUAUAAAUGCUAAAUUAAGUCUUAUUAAAUGUAUCUGGAAAACAGAAUAAAAAGUCAAGUACAAUGGGUCAAGUGGAAAAUUCCAGCUUUAUACUGAAGUUUGAAUAAAGGAAAGUUUCACCAGAAGACUCAAGUAGGAGGCUAUUUCAAAAUGGUGGAAGUUUUAUUUGAGACACCACAUUUAAUUUUUUUUAAAUUUGACCUUUAUUUAACUAGGCAAGUCAGUUAAGAACAAAUUCAUAUUU